UCAAUUUAUACAAAACAUAUUUUCUGACAACAAGGGUCGUCUUGUAUAAUAUUGGGUAAACUUUUGUUAAAUAUGGCAGUGCCUACAAAUGCUAUAAAGGAAGCAAACGACCAAAUAUUACUGAUGCAUUCUAAGAUGCAAGAACUGGAACAGGAAAUUGAACGUUUGAAUGGAAAAUUAUCGUCGAAAGAAAAUCUAGAAGAAAGCAAUAUUCAAAAGCAACAAGUUGUAAACAUGAAAGACACGGAAAUUCGAGAAUUACGAGCAGAACUACGUAUAGCAAAGGAGAAAAUAAAUAACUUAGAACAAGAGCUCUUUGACAAUGAAGUAAAAAUGGAAAAAUUACAAAGCAAAAGUAAAAUUUUGGAUGACGUUGUCGGGUUUCGUGGUUCACUGGAAGUAUGUGUUGAGUGACAAAUCAUGAGGAAUCACACUUGCAAAAAACAAUGGAGUUGUCUUUCUGAUUGGUAUUUAACAAAUAGAUAACAUUGAACCGUUGUCUGUUAGUUAUAGAUACACAGUAUGACAUCAUUUCUGUCAAAAUUAAACAGGCAAGUUUUCCCAUCACUUGGAAAUUGUCAAAGUAGAAAUUUUGCAGAUAUCAAGCAUACAUGAUCUGUAUGACUGAGGAAAUGCUAUUGCAUGCUAAAAUGUGAUUGGCUGACAAAAUAAAACAAGAGAUGACUGAUUAAACUGAGUAAAAUUAUCUGUGACAUCAUUCUGUGUGUCUGUCCUCUUAUAGAUCAUGGCUCUCGACCAAUGAAUUUGCUUGAAUUCCUAACGUUAGUAUAUAAUCUGUGCUGGAUGUAUAAAAGCUAAAUUUGUGUUAGUUGUAUUCAUUUGCCAAAUCAGAAACACUGAUUAAAAUACUUCAUUUUUAAACAAAUCAAGAAAUAUAUUUGUUACAAAAAGUAAUUACAAACCAAAAGUUAGUCUA